AUGAACAGAGACAAAAGGAGAGAAGACAACCGAAAAGGAGCCGGAGACAGAGGACAGUGGGCCAGUAAAACCGAAUACGUUCUGGUUGUUGUGGGAAAUGUUGUUGGCCUGGGCAACGUGUGGAGAUUCCCUUAUCUCUGCUACAAGAAUGGUGGAGGAGCCUUUUUGGUGCCGUAUACUCUGUCUGCGCUGGUGUGUGGGAUCCCUCUGUUCCUGCUGGAGAGCUCAUGUGGCCAGUACACCCAGGAAGGAUUCAUCACCUACUGGAGGAAACUGUGUCCACUGGCAGAAGGUAUUGGAUAUGGAUUUCUCAUCAUGAAGCUCUACGACUUCAGCUACGUUUUGAUCGAGGUCUGGGCUCUUUUCUACCUGGCGUUCUCGUUCAGCUCCCAGCUGCCCUGGGCCCACUGCGACAACACCUGGAACACAGCCAACUGCCUGGGUCUUCACGCCUCAUCUUCACCAAAUCUGACAACCAAUCAGACCAACGUCACCUCUGCUGCAACCGAAUUCUGGGAGCGGCGGAUGCUGGGAAUGUCGUCAGGGAUCGAGCAGCUGGGCAGCGUCCGCUGGGAGCUGGCGCUGUGUCUUCUGGCCUGCUGGGUCUUCUGCUACUUCUGCAUCUGGAAAGGAGUCCGAUCCUCUGGAAAGGUGGCGUAUUUCACGGCCACGUUCCCCUACGUGAUGCUGCUGAUCCUGCUCAUCAGGGGCCUGACUCUACCUGGAGCGUGGGAGGGAAUCUACUUCUACCUGUACCCAGAGGUGCACCGCCUGGCCAACCUGGAGGUCUGGUUGGAGGCUGGGUCUCAAAUCUUCUUCUCCUACAGCCUGAGCAUCGGGACCGUCUGUGUUCUCGGCAGCCACAAUGACUACAAGAACAACUGUUACAGGGACUGCUUCUGGCUGUGUCUGCUCAACAGCGGGACCAGCUUUGUCGCUGGCUUCGUCGUCUUCUCUGUGCUCGGCUUCAUGGCUCAGAAACAGGGCGUGAGUGUGGACAACGUAGCCGAGUCAGGUCCGGGUCUGGCCUUCAUCGCUUACCCUCAGGCCACAGCACUGAUGCCUUUGCCCCAGUUCUGGACCGUCUGCUUCUUCCUGAUGCUCAUUCUGCUCAGCGUUGACACACAUUUCGUGAAUGUAGAAACUCUCGUCUCAUCCGUCAGCGAUAUGUUUCCCAAGCUGUUUCGUGCACCUGUGAGGCACGAGAUCUUUGUCCUCGUCAUCUGUUCGUGCUGCUUCCUCUUUCAUGUUAUUCUGGUCACUGAGGGAGGGAUCUAUGUGUUCCAGCUCAUUGAUUAUUACGCCUGCACCAGAGCCUGCCAGGACUUCAUGACGGUGUGUCACUGCCUGGCAGUAUGUUGGGUGUUUGGUGCCGACCGUGUUUGCAUCAUCAUCGAGGACAUGACGAGUCACAGACCACCAGCUUUCUUCAAGCUCUGCUGGAAAUACGUUGUUCCUCUGCUGACCCUGGUUUCCUUCAUCCUGUACCUGGUCGACUACAAGCAUCUCAGGAUCAACGACUCCUACGUUUACCCAGACUGGGCGUACGCGCUGGGAUGGGCCAUGAUGCUCUCCUCUGUGCUCAUGGUGCCGCUGUGGGCGGCUGGGAAGAUGUGGAGGACACCAGGGACCCUCAGAGAGCGCUUGACCAUUCUCUGUCAUCCUGAAAAUCCAGCCUGGCAGAGAGAAAAUGGAAAUCUGAGAGAGGAGCGGACUUCUCUGGAACCAGGGGCAUCGGGAACAACUAGGGCAGAUGAUGUAUUAACUGAACAGCUGUCUACCUUCUUAAAGUGCUAAAAGAAAUCAAAUUGACAUUUAAUGCGUUAUGACUGUGGUGAUAAUACCCUUCAAACCGCUAUUAGUUGAUGAGUUUUAAUACAUUAAAUUUGUGAGUUGAAACUGCAAACAUUCAUCUGAGCAAAUUCAUUUGAAAUCAGUAAGUGUAGUACACAAAACGCCAGGCAUGCAAGUAAAGAUUAUUCAUUGAAAGAUUAAAACCUUUCUGCCUCUGAGACGGAGCAGAAUUAAAAAUGUUUUCUCUAAUUAAACAUUGAACAGACACAUUACCAGAGACCGCUCCAAAUGCAAUCUGACUUACUAUUUGGGAGGAAAGGCCUAAAGAAUAUGAAGAAAAAUUAAUCUGUUUGUUGCAAAUA